CAGUUGCUUCCCUCAUUUUCAGCUCCCCUCUCUCAUCCAUCGGGGUUGCGCCAGUUAGUAGGUCUGCUGCUAGCUAAACGGCUAAUUGUUACCUCUACCUCCACGUCGUGUUGGCGAACCUUGUUUCUGUUUUUCCUACGACACGCGCCUCACGUUUGUUGUCGGGAUAACAAAAAAAGAAAAGAAAAGAAAAGAAAAGAAAAAGAAAACCAGGAGGGUGAAGCCUUGAGGGACGGCGUACCAUCAGCAGCUCCUCCUGCCAGGUGAGCAACGCUAAGGUGUGUCGACCAUGGCUGUCUUCGGGAAAGGUGAGCGUCAAGCUCCAUAAAAAGGUACCAGGAAGAAGACAAAGACCGACGACAGCAGCCACACAUGUAGUCCCUCGACAGCCUUCUCAGCCCAGCCAGCAGUCAUGUCCAUUGAGUACACCAUCGAUAUCCAGCUGACAGAGUUGGGAUUUCCAGACAUCCUGCCGACCUCAAACAUCGAGACAGGACGCUGUAAAUCCUUAAACUCCGCGCAAAGUCUACAAGACGAGCAAGCUGACAAAGAGACGGCGCAUGAUGAGCCGUCGGAGCCCUCAGCACAUGAUGUGACUGCUGGAGCUGACACCACAGACCCUCCACAGCUGAUCACUGGACAGGAUAACAAAGGAAAGAAACAUGGUGACACUGCACAGGAGGAGGAGGAUGACUCAGAUGACAGCGACGUGUCAGAGAUGUAUGAAGAAGAAGAGGUGGAUGAGGAUGAUGAGGACGAGGAAGGACUCAACAAUGAGUUGGGUGACUCCCGCUGCAGUGUCUGUGAUCUCCAGCUGCCAUCCAAAUUCAAACUUCAGGACCACAUGAAUUUGCACACUGGAGCUCGCCCGUACUGCUGUGCCGAAUGUGGAAAGCGCUUCUGCCAGAAUUACAAUUACCGAGUCCACCUGCGCACACACGCCCAGAUCAAACAGGAUCGUCUCCAGUGCCGCGUCUGUCUGAAGUGCUUUGUGUCACAGGACGAUCUGACCACCCACCUGUCAAGAAAUCACCCUGAGGAUGAGUUUUAUGAGUGUGACCUGUGCAAACGUGUGUUUACUAACCUGAAGGAGUGUGAAUAUCAUGUGCAGUUACACAAAGAUCUAAUGUAUAUUGCAUGUGAUAAAUGUGGCCGUAAUUUCUCCUGUCAAAAAUCCCUCAUACGUCAUCAGAAGAAGACGUGCUUCAACAGUUUUAAAUGCACAGACUGCACAAAGAUCUUCACUAACAAGAAUGCUCUCCUGAAACACAGCUUCUCCCAUCUCGGUUUGUUGCCUUACACAUGCAUGCGAUGCCACCGCCACUUCCGCCUGGCGAAACUGUACCGGCAGCACAAAUGUGAACCCCAGCGCAUUCACUGCGUGGCUUGUCUGAGAGAGUUUCUCAGUCAGGAGGACUUCCAGCAACACAAAAAGGACACCGGCUGCUGGGGCAACCAGGAGCCUAAAGGGGAUGAGAUCCGAUGUUUGGAGUGUGGACAGAGAUUUGUCACUACAGAGGAGCUGAAGAAACACGCUGGGGCUCAUCAGAGAGUGCUGAAAUGUGCAGAAUGUGGAAAGGGGUUCCGCUCGGCCUUGCUUUUAAUGUCUCACAUGGGCGGUCAUGCAGGGAAUGCCCCUUGCCUUUGUCAGAGCUGUGGACUGGGAUUUCCCCACCAGCAAAGCUACGACAGCCACCUGAAGACCUGUGGACAAACACCCCAGCCUGCGAGUGCACCCAAAAAACGCCCAGCCCCGAAGAGCUCUCCACCCGAGGCAAAAAGGCUCAAAGCAAAUCCAGACUCAGUGACUCCAACAAACAUAGUCACUAAGCCGGCUGCACUGGUGAAUGAUUCUAGUAGUCCAGGACCCGUGACAGAGGCUGAGUCUGCAGGUUCCAGUCCAGCAGAUGGAUUAUGGAAGCUAACCCUCGACAAACAACCGCCUCCAGGUGUCAAUCUUGUUUUGUUGGUUCCCAUCUGUCCGACUCAAUCCAGCGGCCUGACCCUCCCAUCUGCAGUCUCUCCAACACUACCAGGUUCAGCUGUGCAGUUCCAGCCGCAACACCUCAGAACAAAUGCUGCUCUCGGAGCGCCACUCGAUGCCCCCCUGGAUUUGGUAACUGGGAUCAAACGGGAUCUAGAAUACGAUGCACCUCUGGAUUUGUCUAGGAAGUGUAACUCAUCAAAGUCUGCUGUGGGUGACAUUCCUCUUUGUCCUGUGAAAAGUGAGCCAGAAGACUUUGAGAUUACAGGAGGCUCUGAAAGACAGGAAAUUAAAAGCAGUGAUAACAAUGCAAAUGUUGAACCAAACCGACGAGAGACAGAUACAUUAACUGAAGUGAAGAGGUUUGGAAUGGAUCCAGUGGAUCUCUCCUCUAAACUAAUAAUAGACAUUAAGGACGAGCCUCAGUCUUGAUUUGUGGUCAUCUAGAUCUUGACAGCCGAAAGAGACAGAAAUUAAAAUGGAGGUCAACCUUCCAAGGCCUCCUUCAAGGCCUUAUGCUGAUAGAGAUAAGUUAACAUUUUCAAUGAGGCCACACAAAAACGAGAAUAAUAAAACAUCUGUAAGCACAUUCCCCACCUAAAUCCUGCAAAGGACACACCUUUUGUUUUUACUGUACCUGUCACUACGUAACCAAAUAUAGAGGUGGUCAACUACAGCCAGAAUGAUUGGCACUGUGUCCUAAAUCUCACACUAUGCACUACAUUCUUGAUGCUUCUACUAUCAUUCACUUCAUAAGUCACUUUAUAAGUCGGUUUAAGACAUGUAACCGUGGUAACCCUCACCAACAAUAAACUAAAAUAAAAAAGGCGUGUUGCACCUAGCAAAAUGCAAUAUUACAUUUACAUGGAAGCAUUAUUAACAUGCCAGAGCUGCCUUGGUCGCUUGAUCUGUUUUGUAGUUGAUAUUUUCAUCACCCCUGCAUUGCAUUGUGGGAUAUGUAUGCUGGUUCGGUGUACAGUGUUUGCGUACAGUAAUACUUCCUCAGAAGUAGUAUGCACCGUCAGCCAUACGAAAAAAAUCUGGCAUACUGAUUUAUCAUACUGAAUAGAAUGUAAGAGUUGAGUUUCAGAUGCAGCCAUACUAUUCAAUAUUGUAUAUAAUAUGUCUGUAUUAUCAGUAUCUAUCAUCAUACUCUUCUAUUACAAAGCAGUUUUUCUACUUUUUCAACCAUCUUGAAGAAAUCCAGUGUCUUUCUCACACUUAACUGUCGUUUAGAGUAAGAACAUUUUUUGUUUCUUCUGUAAUUUACAUUCCAAGUUUCUAAGCUCAUUAUUGCAUUUGUUUUACCUGCGUCUUGGGUAACACUUUCAGCUUGAGCUACGGGAGCAAAGUGGUACUGUAAUGGUCUCGAGGCCUAUGCAAUAUUGUGCAGGAUUUCUCGCUUCAUUUAAACGUAUCCCUGGUCUUUACCUUUUUAUGCACUGGUUUUUGUGUGUGUCGAGGGAGGGGAGACUUUCGGUUUAAUAAUAUGUAUUAAGUUGAAUGAAAACACUGGAUUUCAUAGUAUUCAGCUGAAACUUGAAGAAAUGUGCAUUGUGUGUAUAUCGGAACUUGACCUUUUAUUACUAUUGUUGAAUGAAUGUAAAUAAUGGUACUGAUCAAUAAUUCUGUCAUUACUGAACCUUUAAAGUCUGCAGGUAUCUUUGGAUGUUUUUUUUUUCUCAAGGCAAAAUAAAGAGUUGUUCUUUAAAUGA